CUGAGAGAGAGAGAAGGGAGAGAGAAGGUGUUCUGUUUGAGAGUGUGAGGAGGGGCAAGAGGAGUGUUCGUCCAAACGUAAGGAGAGAGCGAACCCCUCUUGAGAGAUCUAUUGACACCCCUUCCUCCGGCAUGGUGAACAUCACAUCUGCCCAAUGGCAGGCCAUGCUGGAUGCAGCAGAUGAGAGCGAGAGACCGUUCUUCCAUAAGCUUUUUGAUGAUGCCGUGCAGAGGGAAAGGGAGGCAGCGGCAGCAGCCAGAGCUGCCAAAAUUGCUGAUCAGGUGGCCCUCUUUCGGAUACCGGAAGCCAAUGCUGACCGGUUCCAGGAGGGACUAGCUGCUGCCGUAGCAGCCUUGGUUCGACUGCGGACCUUGGAAGACCUUGAGUCCCGUGUGACAGCACUAGAGCAGCGAAACCAAGAGCUGCAGGCUGAGCUACUCAGCCUCAAACAGUCCCAACUGUCUGCCCCCCACCCUCCUAACCCUCGACCUGUUGCAGUCCCAACCUCUCAAUCUAACACAGUCCUCGUGGCAAGAGCCAGUGGAACUGUGACGAGCGCAGGAACCGGUGCUAGCUCCUCGAGUGGCAGCGCCGGCAGCUCUGCACUAGUCAUAGUCCCAAGUGCAGGGACAUCAGCCCAAAACGCCACAGUCCUUACUGGCGUUCAGUACAGCGGUCCCGUAGUGGACAAGCGGGCGGCCACCUUGCCGUCCAAGUAUGACGGGAAAGCGGACAUCACCUCUUGGAUUAGUUCCAUGCGGUCCUACUUCGAGGUCAUGCGGACACCGCAAGAGGACCGAAGUAUGAUCAUGGGGACUAAUAUUGAGCCCGCCGUACAGAAUCACAUUGAGCUCCAAGCUGUUGCUGCAGGUUAUGAACGAAUUGAUUUGACAGAGUGGCUGAAGGUAACCCCUGUACGCACCCUUGAGGACCUUCUCCUCGCACGGUACCAAGACAAGCAUGCUGCGCUCAAGACUAGGAUGAAGCUUGAGGCCCUCAAGGGCCAAACAUGGAGGUCCUCCAGGCAGGUUUUGGAACAGCACUUGACUGGUCUGUUCACCACUCCUGAUCUGGGAAUGACUGACGUGUCUUGCAUGGAUGUAGUCAUGGGAGUGGCCCCUAAAGAAUACCUCUCCCUGCUAGGACUCAAAGACCAUACUACCUGGCGAGAGCUCAUGAAGGAUCUAGUCAACCUAGAGGCCAAGGACCUCGCCAGGUGUAAGAAGGCGCCCGCUGCAGGUGGGAAACCACAACGCAAGCGGUUUGGAAGCAGCAACCAGCUUGCACUGUAUGAUCAUUGGGAGGCUGAAGAUCAGUCUUAUGAGGAUGAUAUGUCUCUAGAUGACGAUCUACAGCCGGACUCCGAUAUGGGCUGUUCCACAUCAGCCAUUGAGUCUGACGUCAACGAAGAUGAAAAACUGAAUGCUUUUAGAAAGACUGCUUCAAACAAGGGGCCCAACCGUGGUUCGGGUAAGGGAACUGUUGUCCACCUCCCUAAGAAUGCGAGGAUCCUUGAGAAACCGGAGGAUGCAUCUACCAAGCCUUGGGAAGCCCUCGGACUGUUUUCGACUGCAGGGAAACAAGCAAAGGGCGUAGAGGAGUCCUCAACACUCCCUACAACAACGGAAGUUGGAACAUCAGUUGCAGGCCCCUCCGAUGAGCCUGAAUCUUAUCAACAGCCCACUCUUGAAGCCCGGAACGACGUUGAAUCCAAGGCUGCUGCAAUUCAUGUGCUUUACACUGAGCCUUGGGAGGAGUCUAAGGAAGUUGACUUCCACGCUCACAUGGAACACUGGCUGCAACUCAAGCAGCAACGUCGUGUUCAAGGGAGUGUGGAGCUAACCUUCUUUAAACUGCUCAUUAACCGCCGUUACAUCCGCGUGCUGAUUGAUAGUGGUUCAACCACUAAUUUCUUUUCUCCUAACGGGAUUCGUAAGGCGGGCCUGGGAAUGAAGCAAGUGGAACUGCAGAACCCUUGUCAGACCCAGGUGGGCAACCAAGAGGUUGUCACCUCUACACAUGCUGUCAAAGGUGUGCGCGUCGCCUUUGACAAGGACCGCACUGUCACACAUGAGCUCAACUUCUAUGUCAUGGACAAGUGUCCGUUCGACGCGGUCAUUGGCUUGGGCUGGUUAAAGGCUCAUUGCCUAAGGACCACGUGGGCGGACAAUCAGUUCGCGGUGCGUGAUGCCAAGGGGAACGAGCAUACUGUCCUAUUGGAUGAGACGUGCGAGUCCCCUGUGACUCUUCUAAGUGCAACCAAAUUCUGCAAAUCAGUGCGCAGGCGCAAGGAGAUUGAGCAUGUACAUGUAGCCUUUGUAAAGCCUAUCCAUGGGCCUUCUACUUUUGCUGCGUUUUCUACCUCGUCUAAUUUUCUUUCUCUUGAUGAGGAUGAUCCUCCACCGGAAGUCCCAACGAAUAUUCGCCAGCUAUUAGAUCGAUUCCCUGAAGUUUUGGCCGAACCUCGUGGAGUUCCCGAGCGUCCGGUCAAACACAAAAUCGAGAUAAUAGAGGGGAGUGUUCCUCCAAGGGGCCGCGUCUACCGUAUGGGACAAGGCGAGUUGGAGGAGUUGAGAAGGCAGAUUGAUGAUAUGAUUGACCGUGGAUGGAUUAGGCCCAGUGAGUCUAAGUUCGGUGCACCUGUCUUGCUUGUGCCAAAGAAAGGAGGCAAACUCCGAAUGUGUAUUGACUAUCGUGGCCUUAAUCGGAUUACAAGAAAGAAUGCUUACCCCUUGCCUCGCAUAGAUGAUAUGCUAGAUGCGGCAGGUGGGUGCAAGCUCUUCUCCAAGAUCGACCUCAAAUCUGGUUACCACCAGAUUGAAGUUGAUCCGAGUGACCAGCACAAGACUGCAUUCAAAACACGCGAUGGGCUGUACGAGUUCAUCGUUAUGCCCUUCGGUCUUAUAAAUGCACCGUCCACAUUUCAGUGCCUCAUGGACAAGGUACUUCACCAUCAACUCAACAGGUUUGUGGUUGUGUACCUAGACGAUAUCUUGAUCUUCAGCAAAACCAUGGAAGAGCACCUCAAGCACCUUGAGGAAGUUUUGCAGGUCCUCAAGGAGGCGCAGCUGCACCUCAACUUAGAGAAAUCUGAGUUUUGGAGGGACAGCGUCAUCUAUCUUGGACACCGGUUGUCUGCAAACGGCCUUGAGCCGGAGGCAACCAAGGUUGAGGUCAUCCGAAACUGGCCUCAACCGACAAACGUACGCAAACUGCGUUCUUUUCUUGGUCUGGCCUCGUAUUACCGGAAGUUUGUGCCCAAAUUCUCUGUCAUUGCUCACCCUCUCUCAAGACUAACCAGCAAGAAUGUUGCCUAUGCAUGGUGUGCGAAGUGUGAGACUGCAUUCCAAGCCUUGAAAGAGGCAUUGGUGAGUCAUCCUGUGCUUCACAUUGCCGAUCCCAACCUCACGUUCGUAGUCACUACGGAUGCUAGCCAGUUCGGGAUUGGUGCUGUGCUGCAACAAGAUGAUGGUGAUGGCCUGCAUCCGCUCGAGUACUACAGCAAACGCAUGCCCAGCCACAAGGUAGCCACUUCCACAUAUAUGCGUGAGCUCUACGCCCUGCGCGAGGCCCUCGCACAUUGGAAGCACUACCUCUUGGGUCGCCACUUCAAGGUCUACUCAGAUCAUCAGACCUUGCAGUGGAUUCAGACACAAUCUGAACUCUCUCCUACAUUGACCCGCUGGUUGCGUGACAUUGAUGUCUACAGCUUUGAAUUGAAACACAAGAAAGGCUGUUAUAACCGGGUUGCUGAUGCGUUGUCUCGCUAUCCUGAAUUUUUGACUUGCCUAGUAUGCCAAAGAACCAAGGUCCACAGGCAUAAGCCUUAUGGCCUGCUGAGACCCCUCCCCAUUCCUGAUGGACCCGGUGAGUCGAUUUCCAUCGACUUCACGGACAUGGGAAAGGUGAGUGAGGCAGGAAAUUCACAAGUCAUGGUCAUCGUGGACCGCUUCUCCAAAUUUAUGAACUUGAUUCCUUUCCCUCCCCAUGCCCCAACUGAACUUGUCAUCGAAGAAUUCCAUCAGCAGUACAUUCUGCAGUUUGGCAUCCCGAAAACUAUUGUGAGUGAUCGGGACACCAGAUUCAUCAGCAAAGAUUGGAAGGACUUUACCUCUCAGAUCUAUGACAUUAAACUGAACAAGACUUCUGGUCGACACCCCGAAGCCAAUGGUUUGGCCGAGGAGAUCAACCAAACUGUCAUCCAACUACUUCGCGCAUUGAUUGUUCCAGAUCAGAACAAGUGGGACAAGGAGCUGCACAAAGUGAAGGGACUGUAUAACAACUUCAUCCACUCUGCAACUGGCGUGACACCAAACCAGUUGCAAUUUGGAUGGUCGAUGCGUAAUCCCCUCCUAUUUGUUCCCUGAACGGUCACCUGGUCUGAUGCCCGGCAUGCUUGGCUACAAUG